UUGCCAAUAACUUUUUGGGGGUGGUAAAACGAAAAGAAAAUAUUUAAAAAAAAAGGUACAGACGGAGAUAGAAACUAGCGAAGCUUCCAGUUUGGAGUAUAUUUUAAACGACAGCGCCACCGAGGUGUUUAUAUAUUUCAAUCCAUGUAUAUUCAACAUGCUAACUUGAGUUUUUAGAGUUUAGUCGAGAAAGUCAGUUCAUACAAGAUGGCCGCCCGGGUCACAUCGGGUUUCUAUCAGUUAACGCUUAUAUUACAUUUAUUCUUACUAAUAAAUUAUAAUAAUGGUGAAAAUUACAAUCAUAACACAAGGACAUUAUAUGUUAACCGUGAGGAUGAACCGACAAUUAAUAAAAGAUCAAUUAUUGUCAAUAAAAAUGACAAUGAUUUUGGUGAUGAUGAUGAGAUGUCUUUUGUACGAAAUCGUCGGGAUGUACCGCAAACUUCAACACCGCCAGGAUUAUCCAAUUCAUCAUCCAAUAUUACAGCCAAGUUGAAUCAUUUAGAUGAUCCUCAUCAGCAACUUAUGGUCCAUUGGGUUGGAGAAAAAUCAAAUGUAAUAAUUUGCUUGGCAAGAGAUAACACAAGCCCACGUGAUAAACCAACGCAAAAAUUAAAUCCUAGUGCUGUUUACAUCAGCUACGACUACGGCGAUACCUUUGAAAAUAAAUCGGAAUUAUUUAAAAUAAAUUCAGAUCCCGUUGAAUAUGCGACGCUUGAUAAGUUUUACAAUCAUCCGAAAUUUAAUACUUAUUGUGUAUUUGCCGAUAGCGCGAAUAGCGUCAUAUUUACAACGACUAACAAUGGUAAAACAAUUAAUAAAAUCAGUGUACCGUUUCAUCCAAGUGAAAUAUUAUUCUAUGAAGAUAAUCCGAGUUACUUUUUGGCGUUGGAUAAAAUUGAUUCCAAGCGGAUGCUGUGGAUGACUAGUGACAUGGGGAAAACAUGGAGGCGUAUUCAUGAAUCUGUAAAAGCAUUUUACUGGUCAAAUAUAAAUCCUAAAACAAUAAUUAUUGUCCGAGAUGAAUUUAAAGACAGUACAGUAGUCGAGAUGGAUCUGACAUUUGAUCAAAACCAGAAGCGUGACUUGAGAUCCGUUCUUAUAAAGAAUGUCGAAGACUUCCAGAUAAAAGGCGAUUACAUGUUUGCUACCAAGAAGUCAGCAGUUGACCCGUCAGCAAAUGAAACAAAUCAGUCACUAGACUUGUAUGUUUCUUUCAAGAACCAAACAUUCGUCAUGGCUCACUUCGACACCGAGGAGGAGAGAAAAGAAUAUCACAUUGCUGAUGUUUCAAACAACAGAAUAUUUGUCGCUGUUUCUCAUACUGAUACGCUGAUAAAUCUUUAUAUUUCUGAGGUGGUUGAUCACACAAUGGCCAGGUUCACGUUAUCUCUCAAAAGAAUUUUCACACAUUUCCCAAAUAGCACAUGGAAAGGCAGUUGGGUGAAUGAACUCGCCGAGGAAGCUUUCACUGAUCUAUAUAAAGUCGAGGGCUUACGUGGAAUUUAUAUCGCAUCGCAAAUAAAAGACACCUUUAAAGGUAAUUCCGUUGGACCGGAAUACCUAGAGUCGCUGAUAACUUUUGAUCAUGGUGUUACAUGGGAUAAAAUAAAAGCGCCGACAAAAAAUGUUCCAGAUCCAACUUGGUCAUUGCAUUUGAGCCAACGCUUCAGUCAGUUAUAUCCUGUAACACGUUCAGUGUCAAUAAUGAGUUCAAAGUCUGCUCCUGGUAUAAUAAUGGCAACAGGUGUACUAGGAUCAAGCUUAAAAGGUCAUCCGGCUUUAUAUGUAUCACGUGAUGCCGGUCUUACAUGGAAACAAGUACUCAAGGACUACUACUUUUUCAAUAUGGGUGAUCAUGGUGGGGUUCUUGUUGCUGUUAAAUACUUCAAAACACGUGGAGAGACUCGGGAUAUAUCCUACUCGACUGAUGAAGGAACGACCUGGCAAACUUACACGUUUAAUGAUGACAUGCUGCGGGUUUACGGUCUAAUGACAGAACCUGGUGAGAAUACGACUGUUUUUACGAUGUUCGGAUCUAAUCCUGGACAGCAUAAAUGGCUGAUCAUAAAAGUUGAUUUGCGUAAUGCGUUUGAGAGAGAGUGUACUGAGGACGAUUUUAAAUUUUGGUCACCGACAAGCUCCGAUCAGCCUGGAAUGUCUUGUAUAUUAGGACGCAGAGAAGUUUACAAACGACGAGCCGCGUCUGUUAAUUGUUACACGGGCGUUGACUACGACAGACCAACGAGUUUUGAAAUUUGUCCAUGUGAUUUCCAGGAUUAUCAGUGCGACUAUGGAUUUAUUAAAAGCGGAAAUCCUUCUCACUGCAUUAAAAAUCUUGCUCUGGCCCAUUAUGACCCAUACAAAAUACCCGACUUAUGUUUUCCUGGGGAGUUUUACAACAGAACUAAAGGAUACCGUAAAAUUCCUGAUGACGAUUGCUCUGGAGGUUACGCUAAAAAAUUUGAACCUGAUGAAAUACCCUGUCCUAUUGCCGAACCACAGGAAUUUCUUUUGGUUGCUCAGCGAGAACAUAUUUCACGUAUUGACAUCAGAACUCACAAUUUGGAAAUUUUGCCAGUUCACGAUCUGAAGAAUGUAAUUGCUAUCGAGUACGACGUAAAAAAUAAUUGUCUGUACUGGGCGGAUAUAGUGAACGAUACUAUUGGAAGACAAUGCUUCGGAGAUGGUACGAGUGUUCCUGAAACCCUCGUUGAGACUGACUUGAGUUCGAUUGAAGGAAUGGCAUAUGACUGGGUUUCUAAGUUACUUUAUUUUGUGGACGGAGUGAAAAUGCGGAUACAAGUCAUCCGAACUGAUCUUACGAUGGCUGGGAGAAUGAGACGCACUAUUUUAGGAUCAAAUAAUUUACAAAAACCCCGUGGCAUAGCCGUGCAUCCUAUGAUGGGUUACAUGUUUUGGACAGACUGGGCUCCUGGCAAUGCGUCGGUAUCACGUGCCAACUUGGACGGUACUGAUAUUAAGCGAUUGUUCACUAAAGGAACUGUCGAGUGGCCAAAUGGUAUCUGUAUUGAUUUUAUUGCCGAAAGAAUUUAUUGGGUAGAUGCACGGGAAGAUUAUAUAGGAUCGUCAGACUAUGACGGUAAGAGAUUUAAAAAAGUAAUCAACACUGAUGACAGAGUUUCACAUCCAUUUGCCGUCGCUGUAUUCAAAGACAAUAUGUAUUGGGAUGACUGGAAACAAUCGAUGAUUUUCGUCGCGGAUAAAGAUCACGGUGCCGGUAUCACAACUCAAUUGGGUACAUUGUCAGGUCUGAUGGACUUGAAAGUAUUUGCUCACAGCGUUCAAACCGGAACGAAUAAAUGUGAAAAUAACACGUGCUCGCAUCUGUGUCUUGGAGCACCGAACGAUGGAUUUGUUUGUCUUUGUCCUGACGGUAUGGUAAUGACUGAAGGCAAAUGCAUGUGUCCUGGUGGCAUUAAACCAUUUGCCAACUCAACGUGUCCACGUGUUGCCAGCACAUGCGCGUCAAAUCAAUUCUCUUGUGGCAACGGGGUUUGUAUUUCUGAAUUUUGGAAAUGCGAUGGUGACAAUGACUGUGGAGAUAACUCUGAUGAAGUCAAUUGUAAAAAAGCAACGUGCAGUCCAAAUAACUUUGAAUGCGACGAAGAUAAAUGUAUACCGCGAUUCUGGAUGUGUGAUCUCGAUAAAGAUUGUAAUGAUGGCAGAGAUGAAGCCAAUUGUACUUAUUUGAAUUGCACUGACACACAAUUUAGAUGCGAUAAUGGCCGUUGUAUUUCUCACAGAUGGCAAUGUGAUGGUGAGGAUGAUUGCCGUGACGGUUCAGAUGAACGAGCUUGUAAUAAGAGCACGGUACCAAAUACAUGUAAGACCGACGAGAUCGGGUGUGCGGAUCACACCUGCGUGCCAAAGACAUGGGAAUGUGACGGCGAAAAUGACUGCGAAGAUGGCUCUGAUGAAAAGGACUGUCUGAAUAAAGAAUGUCACGAUUGGCAAUUUGCCUGCAAUUCAACAGAAGAACCCCAUCGGUGUAUUUAUAAAUCCUGGGUUUGCGAUGGCGAUAGAGACUGUCACGAUGGGUCUGAUGAAGCUCAUUGCCCAUCUCUCCCACCUGAGCUUCCUACACCGUCGCUCCUGCCAACAAAUACCUGCAAUGACUGGAUGUUCAGAUGUAAUAACACAAAGUGUGUUCCCUAUUGGUGGAAAUGCGACAGCGUUGAUGACUGCGGUGAUGGAUCCGAUGAAAUGGGAUGCGGACUCCCCGACGAACCAGAGUCGCCUUACGUCACUGAACCACCAAAAGUUGGUCGUGUUUGCAAAGACAAUCAAUUCCAGUGUUACGACAGACAAUGUAUUGACGAUUCUUGGAUAUGCGAUGGAACGCCAGAUUGUAAGUUGGGAGAGGAUGAAUUACGUUGUGACCAUGGACAUAUAGGCUGCCGCACUGAUCAAUUUAUGUGUCGGACAGAUGGCAAUUGUAUACCGCUAACAAGCAUCUGCAAUGGCGUAGUCGAUUGCCCUGACCGCAGUGACGAGGUUGGCUGCAAUAUGCAUCCGACUUCACCGGCAAUUGCUUUCUGUCCAGCUGGCUCUUUUCCGUGUGAUGAAAACAAAUGUAUCCCACUUGCGUAUCACUGUGAUGGUAAACACGAUUGUAUUGAUGGCUUCGAUGAAAUUAAUUGUGAAAAGAAUAACUCAAGAGUAUAUCAAGUGAUGGUGCUUGAAUUUGACAGCAGAUUGUCAAAUGCCACGAGUUUGUAUCUUAACUGGCACAAACCAAUUCCAUCAAACAUAACACUGGAAUUUUUACCCUCAAUAGCUAAAACUGAACCCAACGCCAAGUGGAAAAAUGCAACUAAUUGGAUAACCGAUAAUAAGUAUCAAUUUAAUAAUCUCGAGCCUUACACGUCUUACAAUCUGACUGUAUAUGUCAGACAGGAGGGUCAGAAUAUUGUCUACCCGCCAUUUAAAUAUUGGCCUGUAAAAACUAACGAAGGAGUACCAUCUGAGCCUUGGAAUGUCACAGCUGUUCAAAAGAAUGGCACGCGAGUCGAGCUGUCCUGGCGACCACCCCAGCAUCCGAAUGGUAUAAUAACUGGCUACGAAGCUUACGUGACACCGCCGAUUCCACCAGCACCAUUUUUAUUACAAAAAACAUCUUAUAUAUUUGAUUUACCAUUUGAAGCUGGUAAAGUUUAUUCAUUUUGGGUAAUCGCUAAAAAUCAUUUCCACGAUUCUAAACCAUCUAGUGUAGCAGAACUGACAUUUGACGGCGCUGCUAAUAUUGACGAUAUUCAAGACCUUAAAGUAAUUGAAACAACAAACAAUACCGUUCAUCUGACAUGGGCAGCAUUGAAAGAUGUUGAUGGUUACCAUAUAACACCCCGAGCACCACCACCUUAUCCGACUUACCACACAUUAAAUACAACAAAGAAUGAUUUCGUUGUUACUAAUUUAUCACCAGGUACUAUGUACACAUUUGAAGUAAAUGCUAUGAAGAAAAGUUACAUUGGUAAAAUUGUAAUGAUAACAGCAACGACAAAAGGUAUUCCAUUACCAUCAGUACCAAAUCUUGCUGCUGAAUCAAAGAAACUUGAUGGCACGACAGUUAAACUCAGUUGGGAUCAACCUAAGAGUGCAAUAAAAAUAAGGUGGCAGUACGCUAUUCAUUAUGCACUAAAUAUGCAAGAUCUAUUUAAAGAUUACAAAAGUCUCACGACAAAUAAAUCGGCGUCAAUUAAAAAUCUUGAAGCUUGUGAGUCUUAUCUGUUUGCUGUCGGUGUUCGCGGUGAUGGCUACGGAGCCGGUCCUUUGAGUCAACCUGUUACAGUGUCUACGCACUACAAUGUAAAAGCGCCGCCAAAGCAAUUACGUGUUACACCAGCGCCGAAAACAACCGACUCAAUAAUUGUAUCGUGGAGCGCAAGCUGUAAUAAAAUCGACGAUCCGAUUAUCUACAGGCUUACUGUCAUUGAGAUGACACUCAAUGAAAAGUCGACGGUAACAUUGCCACCAACAAAUGAAACUGUUAUAAAACAUACAUUUGCGGGUAUUAAAUAUGGCGGUAAAUAUAAAAUAACUGUUGCGACAAAUGUCACUGGUGCUAUUGAAAGUCAACCGGUUAUUUAUCAAGCAGCGCCACUCACUCCGCCUCAUCAAAUUCGUGUAGUAGCCAAAGAUGGUAAAUUUACUGUGAGUUGGGAUGAGCCAAUGAAUGAUGACAAUUUGAAAAAUGAUACUAAACGUCAUUAUCAAGUUCUUGUUAAUGAAAAUACUAAAUCAUUUAACGAGACAACUGCCAAAGUUUAUAAUGUCGAUAGACCACCGUUUGUUUUUACGGAUGCUAAAGUUAAUUCUAUGUAUCUGUUUACUGUCAAGUUGAUUACUGAUGAGGGAUACCAGAGUGGAGUCAGUGAAGUUGUUGGCGUUCAAAUCCCAUUGAGCGCAGACUGGCCUGGAACAAUGAAUACAUCAAGCAUACUCUCAUUCGCAAUACCAAUCUGCUUAUUGAUAAUCGCAUUAGGUGCUGGAUUCGCGUAUUUCUUCGUGAGACACAGGCGGCUGUCUAAUAAUUUUACGCUCUUUGCUAAUAGUCAUUAUGACACGAGACGAGGUCAAGCUACUUUCCCGGGUACCACAGAUGCUCUUGAUGAAGAAGACAGUCCUGUGAUUCGCGGCUUCUCAGAUGACGAGCCUCUGCAUAGCAACAAAAAGUUUGUAUUCAAAGUGUUUUCCAUUAGAUCAUUUGCUUGCUGGUGACUGGUGACAUUUGAAUAUUCAUGAGUCAAGAGGACGUUUUGCAUUUUUAUGACCCAGGCCACAUUUUAAACAAAAAGACACUACCGGGCUUAAGUAAUUAACGUUGUUGUUGUUACUACUGUUGUUUGUUUUUACUCUUUGACAUUUUUUUUUUUGUUUUAAACAUUUUUCUUGUGCUGAUAUAACGCGGAAAGUAGAACGCGAACUAUAAUCAUAGGGCUUUUAGACAAAAUUGUUGAGGAAUGUGACGUUGGUCCAAAAGGAAGUAGACAUCAACUUUGUAACAAUGGAUUUCCGUUCAAAUGUUUAUAUACCCGUUACACUUGAGUCAGUGACGAUGAUGAUGCGUCUCAUUAACAUCCGUCGUUUUUAUUUAACUUUUUUUUAUCAUCAUCAUUAUUUCUCAUACCUGUAUAUCUUAUAUAUUAUUCAGAUGUAAUUCUCAUCCGUUAUGAUUAUUAAUGUAAUAUCUCGACGGGAGAGUGUGUAUUUACCUGGAGAUUUUUUGCCAGAUGAAAAUAGUUUUCCGGUAUAUAAAAGUUUUUCUAUCGCACUUAGAACUUGAUAUUUUUUUUUUAAUUUUAA